GCCCCAGGCUCCCGGGAACGUCAGCACGCUGCCGUCUCCGGACAAGCUUUCCUCCAGCCCCAUUGGUCGGAGGGAGAGACCUGGCCCUCCCUAUUGGCCCGGCCCUCAUAUUGAACGUGCCAAUAGGAACCGCGGUCUCAGGUCGCCAUAGAGACCGAUGCUGUUAAGCCGAGUGAGAGGGCCUGAAGAAGGUGGGAGUUGAAGGCGAAGCUAGAGCAACCGAACCCUUAGACUUACCCUUGACAGUGAGAGCCUGCGAGGGGGCAUUCACUUUUCCUGCCUCUGGGAAGGGAAAGCCCUAAGGCUUUGCCCUUUGACCCUUGACAUCUUGUGCAGCUUCUUCUCCAGAUACAGAAAACAUGAAUAAGAGAAACUGUCCAUUUAUGACAACUCAGAAAACUACUAGCUCAGGUAAUCUGGCAUUUGGUAUGGAAAAUGAGAUGAGAAGAGCCAAGUAUAAACCAGUGGACUAUCAACAACUGCAUGCCUUAACCGAAGCAAAAAAAUUAGCUUCUGCUUCCAUAGAGCUAAAGAUCAGAAAAGCAGUGGACAUGUCAAAGACAUCUAAAGAACAAAGGUUACUAAAACAACACAAGCAAGUGUGGUGGAAGGAAUACCGGAGGCUAAAGGAAGUCAGAUGUAAAUUGGAAUCUGAACUAAAAUCUUUUUUCAAUGAAGAUAAUAUUGGAAAUGAAUGUCUUAGUGACCUUACAAAUUUUGAACAAGAACUAUUGGAACAAUGGUGUACAUUUCUGGACAGGGUGAUAAGUCCUGUGCUGCGGCUGAGAACAGAUCUGAGGUACAGACAGCAUCACAUUUUAAAGUAUGCAGAGCUUCAAAUGGAGUUUAAUGCAGUUUUAGUACUAGAAGAGGUUGACUUGGUAAAGAAACAAUUGAAAGCUGUCUUUGAAAGACUUAAACUGGAGCAACAGAAGAUAGAAAAUAAUCUUUCAGACUAUAGUACGAGAAUUCUAGAUUAUUCUUCAGAAGAGAAAACUAACUUGCUUAGGGCACUGCCCCUGGAAGUAGAAACUUUGGAAUGUCCGUACCCUGAUCUGAAAUCUUCAGUCCUUAAAGAGUUUUGCAACUUUACAAAGAAAUAUCAAAAGAAGCUUGAUGAUUUGGAUUUGCAGUUACAAGAUACCUACAGAAACUUUCAAUUAAGUAAAGAAGAUCACUGGGUUUACCAGAUUGUGUUAGAUCAGUAUUCUGGAGAACUCUUUGGCAGACGGACUCUGUAUCUAGAUAUGUUGCAAAGAUAUUUUCCUCACAAAUCUAGGCAUGAUUUGGUAGAACAUGAGAAAUAUUGUGUCCAACAUCACUUUGCUAAGGAGCAGCGAAGGAUGCUGAUAGAAAACUGGAGUAAGAACAGGAAAGACUUUACACAGAAGGCAGCGAUGACGCUCCUUGAGGCCUGUGUAGCUCAUGAAUUGGAGAGCACAUUGGCAAAGGACAGGAAAAAGCAACAAGAACUGUGUGCUCAUCUGAAAGCCAAGGUGUUUCAAUGGAGAGCCCAUCAGGAAGAGGUAGCCAGGCUGGAAAUGGAAAUUUCUGCCCGAAGAAGAGAACAGGAGAAGAAGAAAGAAAAACUGUGGAAAAAGAAGGAAUUACUACAAAGAGAGGAGAAGAAAGAAAAGAUAAGAAAAUACUGGGCUAAGAAAGAACAGAAGUGGCAAGAAAUGGAAAUGAGAGAUCUCCAGCGGCUGGAAGAACUGAAGAAAUUGAUGGCUGAGCAGUCAGUGAAAGACAGAGAAAGGGUUAAAUAUAGACAAGAAUUGUUGGAGAGACGUUUGAUGGAAAAAAAGGAAGUGGCACUUCAAGAAGCACAUGAAGAAGAGGAGAGAGCUAGGCGACUAGAAGCCCUCCGGAAGCAGGUUGCUAUUAUCGCUCAAUUUGAUCCCGUUAGGAUGAUGUCAGAUACAGUGGCAUGGAAAGCUAGGAUAGACAGUGACACUGAUGAAGAAUUUACUCUUCAAAAGCCACUCUUCACAUUGAACACAUACAAUGAACAACAGAUAAUUUCUGACCCUAGACUUCGCUUUGAGUUAGCACUUCGAGAGGCGGGACUUCAUAAAGCAUUGUAUGCCAAGGAAGUAUUACCAAAAAUCAGCCCUCAGAAACCUCCAAGAAAGGACAUGGAGUCUACUGUGUUUAAAAUCUAGAGUGCAUGUUCAAAUCUUACUAUAUGUAAACAAUAUUUUUCUCUGAGAACAUUUAUACGGAUAACAGUAGUUACCAUUUUCUAAGAUUUUUAAAAACAGAUAUAGAAAUCAUAGCAUCUAUUAAAACAGUGUUUCUUUUCUUUUAUGUUUGUAGAAUUCCAUGUACAAGCUUUUAUAUCUUUACCUUA